AUUAUAAGUGUCAUUUUAGGUUUCUGCGCACGAAUUAAAAAAACAAUUAAUUUUGUACAUUUCUUAUAAAAAAACAUUAUUACCUAUACACAUAACCAUAUUUCAACUAAUAGAAAAAUAAAUUUUGCAUUGAAAAUCGAAAACGACAUUUAUUUUGUAACGAAAAUUUUUUUCUAAAACGACACUUAAUAUGAAACGGAGGGAUUACUUAUAAUUUUCUAUUAUGUCUGCUCAAUGGAUAGGACAGUUAAUGAUCCAGGUGUGAAAUUGUUUCUUCGUUAUACCAUUUCAAAAAGUAAUAAAAUGUGUGCCAUAUCCUUGUAAGCUAUUGACACAUGUGAAUGAACGCAAUAAAUCCCACAUGUGUUUUUUCUGUUUUUUACUGGAAAUGGUAACCGAUUUGGUGAUGAAAAAUUGGGUUUGAUUCACACCUGCUCUCUGUUCCGAUAUUAAAUAUAAACAUAUUUCCAAAAGAGUCAAAGUUGUCGUCUGGAAGGAAGAGAGCAUGGGAAAUCUCGCGGACAAAAUCGUCUGUCUAACCAAGUAUUUAUAGUUGCAUGUAUUUUCCCUACACAACUCAAUACGUAAUAACUUGUCUUACAACUUAAACAGUAAAGGUUAUUUAUCUUCUCUUUCCCUCUUCAGCAAGAUAGAACAAAAAAUGGAGAGCUCAUCAAUCCAAUGCAUCUUCUUUGUGUUCAUCGUUUUCACCUUCAUUUCGCUAUCCACUGCUGCUUCAAGUCAUGGAGAAGUUGAGGAUGAACACGAGUUUAACUACAAGAAAAACGACGGUAAGGGGCCAGAGAGAUGGGGAGAAAUUAAACAGGAAUGGGAGAUGUGUGGAAAAGGAGAGAUACAAUCUCCCAUUGAUCUGAUGAACGAGAGAGUUAAGAUUGUUUCUCAUCUUGGACGGCUUAUUAGAGACUAUGAACCUUCCAAUGCCACUAUCAAGAACAGAGGCCAUGACAUUAUGCUAAAAUUUGAAGAUGGAGCUGCAGGAAGUAUUAAGAUUAAUGGAUUUCAAUAUGAACUCCAACAGCUUCACUGGCACUCUCCCUCUGAGCAUACAAUCAAUGGAAGAAGGUUUGCACUUGAGCUGCAUAUGGUCCACGAAGGCAAGAAGGGGAGAAUGGCUGUUGUGACUGUCUUGUACAAAAUCGGAAGAGCUGAUACUUUUAUCAGAUCGUUGGAGAAGGAAUUAGAGGCCAUUACUGAUCUGGAUGACGCAGAGAAACAUGUAAGGAUGAUUGAUCCGAAACAAAUUAAGAUCGGAAGCAGAAAAUAUUACAGAUACAUAGGUUCACUUACCACUCCACCUUGUACCCAAAACGUUACUUGGAGUGUCGUUAGGAAGAUUAGGACCGUGACAAGAGAACAAGUGAGGCUUCUCCGCGUGGCUGUGCACGAUGACUCGCUGACGAAUGCGAGACCGGUCCAACCAAUCAACAAGCGCGUGGUUCACUUAUACAGACCAAGAGUUUAGCUGAUGAAGACACAUUACAAGUUCUUACCAAUCUUGAAUUCUUCAUAUAUACACAAAAAUAAUGGCUUCAUUAUUACUAUACUGUUUUGAUGGGUAUUUGUUUCUCGUCUACGAAAAAUAAUCAUAUUAUAUAGUUAAUGUUGCUUU